AUUUUGUCAACAUGGCGAGAGCCGUGCUUCCACUGACUGUUCUUGCAUUGUGCCUUGCGGCGCUCGUCUUCUCCAGCCGCGCCGGUGCCGAUGCAGCGGCCGGGAGGAAGAUGGUCGGCGUGUAUGAGCUGAAGAAGGGGGACUUCUCCAUCAGGGUCACCAACUGGGGAGCUACUCUCAUGUCUGUGGUUCUUCCUGACUCCAAUGGCAACUUGGGUGAUGUAGUGCUGGGCUAUGAUACGGUUGCUGAAUAUGUUAACGGCACUGCCUACUUCGGAGGACUGAUCGGCCGCGUCGCCAACAGGGUCGCCAACGCGCGGUUCACGCUGGACGGGAAGACCUAUCGGCUGUUCCGCAACGACGGGAACAACUCGCUCCACGGCGGUCACCGUGGAUUCAGCAAGGUCGUGUGGACGGUCAGAGAGCACGUCGGCGGCGGCGCCUCGCCGUGCAUCACGCUGUUCUACCACAGCUUCGACGGUGAGCAAGGUUUUCCGGGCGACCUGGACGUGUACGUGACGUACGAGCUGCGGAGCCCGUACGUGCUGGCCGUGCGCAUGAACGCGACGGCGCGGGGCAAGGCCACCCCGGUGAACCUCGCGCACCACGCCUACUGGAACCUCGGCGGCCACGGCAGCGGCACCGUCCUCGACGAGACGGUGCAGCUCUUCGCGUCCCGGUACACGCCCGUGGACGCCGCGCUCAUCCCGACGGGGCGGCUCGCGCCCGUCGCCGGCACGCCCUACGACUUCCGCCGCGGGGCGGCGGCGCGCGUGGGCUCGCGCGUCGGCGUCCCCGGCGGCGUCUCCGGGUACGACACCAACUACGCCGUGGACGGCGCCGGCGCGGGCGGUCAUCAGCGGCGGCUACGGCCCGUGGCGGUCGUCCGGGACGGCGCGACGGGGCGGGCGAUGGAGCUGUGGGCCGACCAGCCCGGCGUGCAGUUCUACACGGGCAACGGGCUCGCCGGCGUGCGCGGCAAGGACGGCAGGGUGUACGGCCGGUACGGCGCGCUGUGCCUGGAGACGCAGGGGUUCCCCGACGCCGUGAACCACCCGAGCUUCCCGUCGCAGAUCGUCCGGCCGGGGCAGGUGUACGAGCACAACAUGGUGUUCAGGUUCUCCUUCUUCUAGCUAAGCUAUAGCGCUAGUCAUAUGCAUGCAUCCGGCUCGCCGGAUGCACUGUCACGUUGAGAGUUUUUGCUAGAAGAAAUGAAGAAUAAUAAUAGCACGCGCAUGUUUCUGUGCUUCGUCCUCCUUGACUUCAGUCAACAAUUGAAGGUGUUUUGGAAACUCUCUUGAUA